AAGCUCCUGCACGAAAGACCCGAACAGCUGUUGUCAUGGUGACGUUCAAGAAAAUUGCAAUUAAUUGUGUUAUCCAGGUGAAAUUAUGAAAUACCUCUAUGACUCCUAUGUGAGGUUUGAUGUGUAUAGGAUUUAAUUUAAAUGCUGCAGCGGAAACUAGAGAUUACUGUAGGCACUGCAUAUGAGGUUCUGACUCUCAGGUACUGGAGGGUUUGCUUUGGCAAAAGCUCUGUUGCUGCAGAGAUGGCUGAAACUACAGGUUGAACCACAGAGGAUCCACAUGUUCUUCAUGCAGCCCCAAGUCAUCCUCAGCUUCCUCCUCACCCGACGAACUGUCUGCUAAAAAUGUCCAGAGACAAAGCAGAUUUCUCCACCCCUGUGUCUCUUUCUCUGUUUUCUCCCCACCCCGCUCUCAUUCCAUCAGGUCCUCACAACACAGCCUCCGAACGCCUCAUCUCCUCCAUCAGAGCGGGAGGGUCGGAGAGAGGGAGAGGAGAAGUGACGGGAGAACAACAUCAACAUCACUGACAAGAGUCUCCCUCACUGCUGGAGAGAGGGGAAGAGAAGGAGAGAGAAGGGGGGAGUGAAAGAAGGGGAAGAGGAGAGGGGGAGACAGCAGAACAGUGAGAGGAAGAAGUUUUAGUUGGACUGACGACAAGCAAAGGAGAGUUUGGAGUGAGAGAGCUUGGUGGGGGAUCGGGAGCUUCAUUUUCCCUUUUCUUUUCUCGGCGGGUGCAGUCUGCCUCCUCUCUUCUCCCUUUCUCUUCUUCCCCUUCUCUUGCUCCACUUCUCAUCCCAGACUCGCCCCCCAGCUCCCGCCGUGGGGUCUCAGCUCUCCGUCUCCCUCCCCCCCUCCCUCGCUCCCUACCUCCCCCGGGCCUUGCUGGGAGCCUCUGGGCUGCUGCGCCGCAGGAGGAUGUCUCGCAGGGAGUCCCCUCCGCCGCCCUCGCCUCCUCCACAGCUGCUGGGAAUGCAGAGAGGACAGGUGGACUGCGAGGAUCGUCCGGAGCGCGCUGAGCCGCUGUCCGACGCCGAGCGGGAGAUCGUCCAGGGCACAUGGGGGCAUGUCUACAAGAACUGCGAGGAUGUGGGGGUGUCUGUGCUCAUAAGGUUCUUUGUCAACUUCCCAUCGGCAAAACAGUACUUCAGCCAGUUCCAGGACAUGGAGGAUCCUGAGGAGAUGGAGCGAAGCAGCCAACUUCGGCACCAUGCCCGCAGGGUGAUGAACGCCAUCAACACUGUGGUGGAGAACCUCCAUGACCCAGAGAAGGUGUCGUCUGUGCUCGCCCUGGUGGGAAAGGCCCAUGCUGUCAAGCACAAAGUGGAGCCCAUGUACUUUAAGAUCCUGGCUGGAGUGAUGCUGGAGGUGUUCUCCGAAGAUUUCCCAGAGUUCUUCACAACAGAGGUGCAGGUGGUGUGGACCAAACUGAUGGGGGCGGUGUACUGGCACGUGACGGGGGCCUACACUGAGGCGGGCUGGCUCCAGGUCUCCAGCUCAGCGGUGUGAAGAAGAAGUGGGUUGUCAACUGAGUUUCCAGUGGACUUAUUGAAGCGUUUGUGUAAAAUGUGGACGGAGAAUUGAGAGGAGUCCCACGAGGACGGUUUCACAGACCUGAAUCACAUUAACAUGGUAAUCCGUGCAAAUUUGUUGUUUAUUUUGUUUUCAUUACACUGCAGUUCUUGGAGAUGAGUUGGACACCAUACCAUGUAGCCAGUCACUGCGCUCUUCCGCUGUCAGUUUUUGGUGUUUAUGUUUCACUGCUAAUGCUAACUUUCAACUUUUUCUUUUGUUCUUUCAAAACAAUCUGCCAGAAACAGAAGCACCACUUCCUGUGUAGCAUUAGUAUUAUUAGUAGCAUGUUCCUUAGCUGCCAAGUGUUUAGACAAGCAACCCCAAAAGCUUCAAUGAACUGAUUUAACUCUCUUUGAUACAGACGUGAUUGAGCUCUGUCCUGGGGCUCUGUCAAGCUUUCCAAUUUAGUAGAGCACACACGCCAUUUGAAUUGCUCGCUAUUUAAUGUUAUCAAUGCAAAUUAAUAAUUAACAUUCCUAAAACAUAAAUAGGACCUUAAGGCUGCAUACUAGCAACAUGCUAAAGGCUAAAGCUAAAUGUGCUUGAAAAUAAAUGUUUUUUUUUUUUUUUUUUGUCACGUGUCAGAUUAGAUAUUUUACAAAACAAGCAAAAAAGUAGUAUGAUAGUGGUUUGUUCCUUAGUCUUGACAGUGAUGCUGAUUAGGCCAAUUUCGUAAACAUGCUAGGUAAUCAGUCAGUUAAAAGACACCUUCCUCCAAACUGCUGUGCAGACUUAUGCACUCAAAAGAUAAACUGUAACUUCCUUUAUUUUUUGUAUCUCUUACUUACCUUCAACAAUAACAAGAUUGAUCUAGGAUCUAACAGCAAAUGACUUUUGACACCCAAGACAGGCUAUAAGUCAUCAUUUAAUGGUUUCUGUCUUAACGUUGACUGAAAGUCUGAGCCUUCCACUCUGGAUUUGUUCCUACAUACAGGACAUAACCUCCUUAAUCAUUAAAGAAACAAAAACUAAUAAAUUAAUAUUAAGCAGUUACAAGAAUUAAAAUAAUAAAGACUUUUAAAUUAUUAAUUAAUGAACUUGAUCAUUGAACUUAAUUAAACUUGACCUCCCUGAUGCUUAAAGUCACAAAAGUAAGUAAUGAAACUGCUUCUUGCAAUUUAAAUGAAUAAAAGCUUGACAGGCCCGCUGCUACAGAUGCUGAGCUAAUGUUAUGUUGGGCUAUCUAUUCUGAGUCAGAUUUCAUAGUAGUCAGUGAUGUACAAAAAGACAUCUAUUUGUAAAAAUGUUGUGGAUUAUUACUUUUCGGGGUUCAUUUCUGCUGAAACCUGUGGCGAGAGAAGAGGCAUCUUCUCACAUAUGAAAACACCUCAUGAUACUUUGAAAGAUGGAAUAAAUGUCUAGACAAGGAAUGAUUUUUAAGCUAAGAGCAGGGGGGCAGUUAGUUGCUGAUGCCCCAGCUACGGGACCAUGGAGCUGCUGACUGUUAAUAGAUCCUCUUUGUGUCCUAAUACAGUAUAUCCUCAUGUUUAGGGGACCUGCACCCCUUUCUCUCUCUCUAUUUAAUGUCUUGUUGAACUUUACUGAGGUGUUGUUUGUAUAAGUGUACAGUGGGCAAAUGUGCGUACUCUUCUGCCUUCGUUUACAACUCAUUGACACGGUGAUCUGUUGUCGUGUUGAAGAGGGCUCUUUUUCUUUGCUGAAAGUCUUAAUUAGCACCAAUGCUUUUUUUUUGCCUGACAUAUCACUACACAAUCCACUACACACUAACAUUGUGAAAGUGAGAUGGAAAAUAUCAGCAGGUGGACACAAUCAGGAUCACAAUCUCACAUGGCGAUGCUAUAAGACGUCUCCUAUGUUAAUAUUUACACCACUGUCGGGUAGUUUACAUCUUCAAACCCCCAUCACAGUGACGUGUUGCUUUAAAGUCUCCAUUAAAGGCUUUAGGAACCCACACAGGACAUCUACAAAAUACAAGUGGUGGUUUCCCCACUAAAUUCUGCAGACCUCAGUUCAUUAAGGUACAUAUUCUUUACCUUACUUAACCCUGCGUCCUAGCCAGAUUCUUACUUUAGUCAAUUCCCAAACAUAGCCAGCAGAUCUGUUUAAAAUGGACACUUGAUCCAAUCUUCAGUUUGCAUCUGCUCCAGUGACGUCUUGUAUCUCCCAUCUGACCCCCAUUGGCAUAAGCAUCUGGUCUUAAUGAGGAAGUAAUGAGUCUCCUCUCCUUCUCAUUUGGUCAUUCAUCUACUGUAACUUCCCAUUGCCUCUGCUGGGACUGCCUCCUUGACAACAAAAACAAUUACUCCCGGACAGAUGGCCAUAUACUACCACACAGUGUUGGCCACUUACAACGAUGUUUCCAUCUUUUUCAUUCCCUUGUAAAUUAGUUUAGGACUGUUAUAUUCACUAAUGAAUACCAGAAAUAAAACAUUUAUUUACUGCUCUACGUGACACAUUUUGGAAUGUCCCAGACCAGUGUCCAGUUUUUUCUUAUUGUGACUUCCUUGGGAAGCUGUAAACGAAAUCACAGCCCCUUGACGUGUGAUUGAUUGGUGAUUUAUCAACAGAGAAUCAAGAAUUAAUACUACUUCAUAAUACUUUCAACUCAAACACACAAAAUGCUUUUGUGCUUUAGUGACAGUGAAGGGGUCAAUGGAUGGCUCCGGUUGGCUUCACAAAUUGAAUCCAAUUCAAAGACCAUUUCCAAGGCAGUGUAAAAUUGAAUGUGUCACAGACAAAAAAAAAAGUGAAACUGAUCACUUUAGCAGUGGCUGCCUGUGCAGUUACAGGGCUAUUAGUUAUCUGAGUUUAACAAGUCAUUAUGUAAAACUGGUCCAUAUCUUUCCCCUUGUCACCUCUCAGUGAUUCUGUUUCUUUGUGAACCUCUGCCUCAGGGCCAUGACACACCAAGUCAACAGUCAGCUGGUGUCAGGCCAUUGGUAAACUUCUGUGACACUUGUUUUUGUUUUGUGUCCUGCGCAUAGACACUAGACACUAAGGCCAUGUCUCCCAAUUUUUAGCAGACUGAGCAUGUUGAAUUAGUCACAGAGCCCUUGAGCAACUGAGAUCACAGGAGAAAAGUGGAAGUGGCGACAGUCAAGUUCAAAGAGCCCACAGGGCCUUCUCAUAUUAUAUCUUUUUCUCAACUUGUCAUUCAAAUAUGAAAAAUAUAGGGGAUAAUCAUUGUGAUCAUUGCCCUCUUCUUUGUUUAAUAGAUUCACCCUUUUCAAUUACAAAUACAAACUACUGCCACCUGCUGGUAAGAAGGGUUAUUCCCUCUCAUUCCAGGCUAGAACAUAUAGCACGUCAUACAUGUUUAUAACCCUCAUGGUGUGUUUAAGUGUACGUUUUUGCUCUGAUACAGGAAACAUGAGGUGGGGUGGUGUCAUAGUCUCCCAUUAUUGUCGCCACUUCGUAGAUGUUACCUCUAGACCGCACAGUUAAAUAAUGAAUGGUUGUGUUUCCAUCAUGUUUGUUGUUGUGCACAUUGUUUGUGCAAUGACUCUUGAUGUGCUCUGCACCCAGUAUUUACAUAGCAGUAGCAAAAUGAAUAGUCAAGCGUACUUUCAUGCUAGUUUUGGAAAAAGGAGAAUUAAAUAUUAAAGAUUUAGUUAAACAGCUGAGGCACUGAUUGUAGCACAACUUAUGGCACAUUACAUUUAAAAUAUAUGUGUAUCAUUAUUAAAUACAUAAAACAAAUUAUCUAUUAUCUCAAGUUAGUAUCUUGUGUGUUGUUUUCACAAAAUAACAAGGUAGUAAUUUUGCUAUGACAAAAUUAUAUCACUUUGUGAUCUGGAAAGGAUGAGAUCAAAACAAUAACCACAAUCACACUGGACUUCAGUAUUUGUGAAAAACUGCCAAAGUUUUAAAAGCUUUUCCUUUGAACUUUGAACAGUUUGGCUGGAGAGAUGUAAGUUCACGUCACGCUUAGAUUCAUCAGACAAGUGGACAAAAAUACACAGAGGAGUCAAACUAAUGCUCAAUAGUUCUGGAAGUUGUAAAGCUCUUGCCAGUCACAAAUGAUCUGUUUCAAAAUUCUAUUCUUUGCCCAACUUCUGACACGAGCGUUUCUCUGAGGUAGCCUCUGAAGGGUCAGGAAUAUUUUUACAAAGCAAACACCCGUCUGACAUAAUGUUUAUUAAAACCUGAGUGCUUUGAAACCUAUCUGCAAACACUCACCGCGCUCCCGCUAAGCCGCUGGUUUCAUGACUGUCGCCCUCUGUACACUGCACGCUUCUCUCCGCGCCAUGAACUCGCACACAUCCACAGUUAUGUGCAGACACAUCCCAAUUAUGCUCCCUCCAUUUCUCACUCACAUAUGGUUGGGCAUGUCCUCGCAUGCCGCGCGUACUACAGCAGCUCUUCUGGGCUCCAUCUUCAAUCAUUUUAAGCCAGAAACAACACUUUCUUUGCUUGUUAUUUCACACAGUCAUUCUCUUCCUGCAAAUAAGGGCAUUGCAGCAUACGUAGACCUGUGUUUUUUGUCGUGAAAUGUUCUUGUCUAUCGGUUGAAAAGUUCGGACUUUAUAUUUUUCUAAAUAUACCUAUGAGAAGAGUUCUAUGUAUUUGAACACUGUAUAUGCAUAUGUCAUUGAUUACUGCGCUGUUGGUGGGAGCGAGUGCAGUGGCUUUGUAGUGUUUUGAGCAUGUUUGCACAGACUUGUACCUUCGCAGACCUGGUGAAAAUGAAUCAUGACCAUCAAUAAACUGUACUUGUACAA